AAGAACAAUACAAGAAUAACAACUGCAUUAUUCACUUGAACUGUAGGCAUCGAUCUGUAUCUUUCUCCUAAAAAAAAAUGUUGUUAAUACUGGCGCUAAUCGCAAUCGCUAGCGGUUUAUUCUUUAUGAAUUUAAACUACAUGUACUGGAAGAAACGGGGAGUUCCUGGCCCCGAACCGACAUUUUUUGUGGGAAACAUACUGGACAACUUUCUUGUGAAGAAGUCCUUGGCAGAUCUGUAUGGAGAGAUUUACAGAAAAUUCCAAGACGCUCGCUUGGUCGGUAUCUUCAAAGCCGGUACACCAACACUGGUACUCCGUGAUCCAGAACUAAUCAAAGAUAUCACGGUUAAAUCUUUCCAAAACUUCCGCGACAACGAGUUGUACCUUGACAAAAGUGUUGACCCAUUGUCGGGGCGGAACCCAUUUUUCUCAAAAGGCGACGAUUGGAAAAGCACAAGAGUGCUUUUAACACCCGGCUUUACCAGCGGAAAGAUAAAAUGGAUUUAUCCUUUGCUGGAAGAAGUCAGUAAGAACUUCGUCAAAUACAUCGAAAAACAGCCAGAAACGACGAAUAUCAAAGAAUUAUGCAUGAGAUUUACUCUGAACAACGUAGGGACUUGUGCCUUUGGACUCGAUGCUAAGUGCUUCGAAGAAAACAAUCCAGAGUUUAAACAAAUCGCCGAUAAGUACUUCAGUCCUGUGGGCUUCAAAAACGUCAAACUACUCCUUAUUAGCAUCAUUCCUGCUUUAGCAAAAAUAAUUUCCAUCAAAUUCACGCCGAAAGACGUGGAAGUAAAACUCACAAACAUAAUAACCCAGACUUUGAAAUAUCGGGAAGAUAACAACAUUAUUAGAAACGAUUUCCUGCAUAUCAUACAUCAGUUGAUGAAGUCCCAUAAGGAUUUUACUGAAGUGGAUGCCACGGCACACGCAGCUGGAUUCUUUGGAGACGGCUACGAAACCAGCUCGAUUGCGAUGCACUUUUUCUUGUACGAACUUGCAGCAAAUCCUGAAACUCAAAUUAAACUCAGAGAAGAAGUAAAUAAAGCGUUUGAAGAAAACAACAACACCUUACCGUACGAAGAAAUACAAAAGAUGGCGUAUUUAGAUGCCGCUUUUAGUGAGGCGCUACGAUUGCACCCACCUCUAGGUUCUUUGAAUAAAAUGUGUACGAAAAAUUAUACAUAUGUGCCAAAAAGUGACGAAAUGAUUAAAAAACCGUUCGUUAUUGAAGAAGGAACGCCUGUUAUUUUACCAUUGUAUGCAUUACAUCGCGAUCCUAAAUAUUUCGACGACCCAGACUCGUUCAAACCGGAGAGAUUUCUUGAUGGAAAGAAGGACACUGUGAAAUAUGCUUUUUUGCCUUUUGGUGAAGGUCCGAGGGCUUGUUUAGGUCAGAGAUUUGGGUCUUUGCAGGUAAAAAUUGGCGUUGCUUAUGUCAUUAGGAAUUUUGAAAUUUUCGUUAAUAAGAAGACAACUUUACCGAUUAAAUACGAUCCUAUGUACUUUUUAACAUUGCCAAGAGAGCCUUUGUGGAUUGACUUUAAAAAAAUCAGAUAAUUAUUGGCUUUUACGUUUUACAAUCUCUUAUAUAAGUUAGGUAAGAGUUUCUUCAAAAAU